AUGGUCCUACUUGUAGCUUUGGGGUUCCUGAUGGCAGGGAUCUGCCCUGAUGUUGGCUGCCAACAGGAUGGCACACCAGAAAGUAACACUGAACUUCAGGAAGACCAAAACAAUGGGACACGAGUGGACAGUCUAACACUGGCCUCAACCAACACUGACUUUGCCUUCAGCCUCUACAAGGAGCUGGCUUUGAAGGAUCCAGAUGAAAACAUCGUCUUCUCCCCACUCAGCAUCUCAGCUGCCUUGGCCCUCCUGUCCCUGGGAGCAAGCAACAACACGCUGCAAGAGAUUCUAGAAGGUCUCAAGUUCAAUCUCACAGAGACCCCCGAGGCAGACAUCCACCAGGGAUUUGGGCAGCUCCUUCUCAUGCUCAGCCAGCCAGGGAACCAGGUGCAGAUCAAUACAGGCAGCGCCAUGUUUGUUGAUAAGAAACUGCAGAUCCUGGCAGAGUUCAAGGAGAAGGCGAGGGCACUGUACCAGGCCGAGGCCUCAAGUGUCGACUUCCAGCAGCCUCAUGAGGCCAAAACUCUCAUCAAUGACUAUGUUAGGAAUCAGACCCAGGGGAAGAUCAAGGAGCUGAUCUCAGGCCUAGAUGAGAAAACAGUAAUGGUGCUGGUGAACUAUAUCUACUUUAAAGGUCAAUGGAAGAUGCCCUUUCCACUGGGAGAUACUUUAAAGUCCAUGUUCCACUUGAACAACACAAAGUCUGUGGAGGUGCCCAUGAUGAAUAUUGAGGACCUGAGAACACCCUACUUCCGGGAUGAGGAGCUGUCCUGCACUGUGGUGGAGCUGCAGUACAUAGGCAAUGCCAGCAUCCUGUUCAUCCUCCCUGAUGAGGGCAAAAUGCAGCAGGUGGAAGCCAACCUGCAGCCAGAGACCCUAAGGAAGUGGAGGGACUCUCUGAGGCUCAGGAAAAUCGACAAGCUCUCCCUGCCCAAGUUCUCCAUCUCCACUGACUACAGCCUGGAGGACAUCCUUCCACAGCUGGGCAUCAGGGAAGUCUUCUCCAUACAGGCUGACCUGUCUGGGAUCACAGGGACUAAGAACCUGAGAGUCUCUCGGGUGGUCCACAAGGCUGUGCUGGACGUGGCUGAGACAGUCACAGAAGCAGCAGCUGCCACGGGAGUCCAGAUUGUGGCAACGUCUCUAAAUAUGAAUCCUUUGAAUGUGAAUUUCAACAGGCCAUUCCUGAUGAUUAUCUCUGACACAAAUACCCAGACUUCACUCUUUAUGGCCAAAGUCACAAAUCCCAAGGAAAACUAGAACACCCCAAAUGGUGAGGCUUCCUCCUGGGUGCCAGGAUUACGCCUGUAUGUGGUUCUCUAUGUGCAUUUUGGCCUCCAUGUUCUGAUUGGCUGUGUGUGCCUGAGUGGAGAGUUACAGUGACUCACUGUAUGACUCCACCAUGCACAGGGCCUGUGGACAGUGUCGGACUCCCCAUACUCUUGACAGCACUAGCUUAUGUUCCUGACACUGAACUCUGACUCUGUGUCCCCACCCCAUAUGAGCCUCUGCCCAAAGCAUGGUCCCUUCCAGGUAGGCUCAGCACUUCCUGUACUAUGGUUAUAUCUGCCUUCAGCUUCCACAGGCUUCAUGGGACUAUUCAAGCUUUUAGGCCCAUUUUGCGAACCUCAGGCCCAAGACUGAGAAGGGAACCUGCUGCCAUCUCUGUGUUUCUAGCAUCUGGGACCAGUGUGAGCCCAGUUCCUGCUUCAAACUUUUCCUCCCCCAGGCUCUGACAUCCAGUGUUCCUUCAGGGGCUCCUGGGCCUGCCCACAUCUGCCACUGUUGUGGAGAACAUAUUCCUGCUUCUGCAUGGAGACGAUUGGUCAGCUCAGCUCCUUUCCCCUACUCUACCUACGUGGGGUAGAGGAGCAUUUUCCUAGGUUUUCC